UAUGGGUCAUCAUCUUUAUUAUCUUUCAUGGGCUGUUGGGUCAAACACAAACAUAGUAGCUAGGUGUGGUGAGUGGUCAAAUAUUCAAUAGAAAAGAACCAAGUUUUCCAUCAGUAUUGGGUGAAAAAUGGAAGAAAAUUAUAAUAAAGAAGAAUGGAUCAUGGUUAAACCAGUUUUAGAUAAAGAUAUAUGGAAACCAACAAAAAAGAGUUUAUUAUAUGAAAAUGAAAAGAGAGAAUUGAAAGUGGUGUUUAAUGAAGAAGCUAAGUAUUGGACUGAUGCUGCUCCAAUUGGUAAUGGAAGACUUGGUGCUAUGAUUUGGGGUGGUGUUACUUCUGAAACUAUUAAUCUUAAUGAGGAUACACUAUGGACCGGAACCCCUGGGAACUACACUGAUCCAAAUGCUCCAACUGCACUAUCUGAGGUCAGAAAGCUCGUGGAUGAUGGAAAAUAUGCUGAAGCUACUAAAGCAGCCAUCAAAUUGUCUGGAGAUCCUUCCGCUGUAUACCAACUUUUGGGAGAUAUCAACCUAGAAUUUGACAACAAUCAUAUUGCAUACGAUGCAAAAACUUAUCAAAGAGAGUUGGACGUAGAUACUGCCACCUUGAAAGUCAAAUACUCUGUAGGUGAAGUAGAAUUUACAAGAGAACAUUUUGCUUCAUACCCUGAUCAAGUUAUCGGGAUCAAGAUUUCCACAAGCAAAGCUGGUUCAUUAUCCUUCACUGCAUCUCUUGACAGCAAGCUACAUCAUCACACUUAUGCAAAGGGUCAAAAUCAGAUUAUCAUGGAAGGCCUUUGUCCUGGUCGAAGGAAACCACCGACACUUUUUGGUGAAAAUGAAGAUAAACCUGAAGGAAUAAAGUUUUCUGCAAUACUUGAUUUGCAAACUAGUGAUGGCGCAGGCUCAGUUACUGUUUUGGAUGAGAAGAAACUAAAGGUUGAGGGGUGUGACUGGGCUGUUUUGCUUUUGGCGGGAUCAUCUUCAUUUGAAAACCCAUUUACCAACCCUUCAGAUUCAAAGCGGGAACCUACUUCUGAGUGUUUGAAUACAUUAAAGUUGUUGAAGGGUUUUUCAUAUUCAGAGAUUUACAAUCGUCAUGUGGAUGAUUAUCAAAAGUUAUUUAAUCGUGUUUCACUUGAGCUUUCAAAUAGCUCUAAGAGUACUGAUGGACCAUCUGUGGACAUAUCAACUGCACAGAGGGUUAAGUCUUUCAAAACAGAUGAAGAUCCUUCUUUGAUCGAGCUUUUAUUUCAAUAUGGACGAUAUUUGUUAAUAUCGUGCUCACGGCCUGGAACUCAACCAGCUAACUUGCAGGGCAUUUGGAAUGAAAAAGUUGAACCAGCAUGGGAUGGUGCUCCUCACUUGAACAUCAAUCUUCAAAUGAACUAUUGGCCUUCACUUUCGUGCAACUUGCAAGAGUGCCAAGAGCCAUUAUUUGAUUACCUUUCAUCUCUAGCGAUCAAUGGAAGUAAAACUGCAAAAGUGAAUUAUGAUGUCAGUGGUUGGGUCACACAUCAAAUCUCUGAUCUUUGGGCCAAAACAUCCCCGGAUCAUGGUGAAGCCGUGUGGGCUCUAUGGCCGAUGGGUGGAGCUUGGCUUUGUACUCAUGUGUGGGAACAUUAUACAUAUACAAUGAACAAAGACUUUUUAUCAAAUAAAGCAUAUCCAUUGCUAGAAGGAUGUGCUUCAUUCCUUUUGGACUGGUUAAUUGAAGGCCAAGGAGGUUACCUUGAAACAAAUCCUUCAACGUCUCCCGAACAUAUGUUUAUUGCUCCCAAUGGUGAGCCGGCAAGUGUGAGCUACUCGACAACAAUGGACAUGGCGAUCAUUAAAGAAGUAUUUAAUGCCAUUGUUUCUGCUGCAGAGGUUUUGGGAAAAAGUUCGAGCGAUCUGAUUCAAAGAGUUCUUAAGGCUCAACCGCGGAUUCCCCCAACAAAGAUUGCUCGGGAUGGUUCCAUUCUUGAAUGGGCACAAGAUUUUAAAGAUCCAGAGGUGCAUCACCGUCAUGUUUCACACCUGUUUGGGCUUUACCCAGGGCACACGAUAACCGUCGAGAAAAAUCCAGAUCUUUGUAAAGCAGCAGAUUUCACUUUGGUUAAAAGAGGAGAGGAGGGUCCCGGAUGGUCAACUACAUGGAAAGCUGCUUUGUGGGCCCGACUUCACGAUAGUGAACAUGCAUACCGAAUGGUUAAACAUUUGUUUGACUUGGUUGACCCUGAUCAGGAAAGCAAUUUUGAAGGAGGAUUAUACAGUAAUCUGUUUACCGCACACCCUCCUUUCCAAAUUGAUGCGAACUUCGGAUUUUGUGCAGCAAUAGCUGAGAUGCUAGUCCAAAGCACUAUCAAGGACCUAUACUUGCUCCCUGCACUUCCUCGGGACAAAUGGUCAAAUGGCUCUAUCAAAGGACUGAAGGCUCGUGGGAAUGUAACAAUUAGUAUAUCAUGGAACGAAGGCGAUCUUCAUGAAUUUGGUCUCUGGGUUUCUAAGAACACCAAAUUAGAGAGCUCCAAGAAUCAAAUCUCUACAAAAAGAGUGCAUUACAAGGGAACCACCAUCACAGCUAAAAUGUCAUAUGGGCAAGUUUACACGUUCAACAAGCAGCUAAAAUGCAUAAAGACAACAUCUAUGCAUUCAUCACAUCUUUAGCUUCCCAGUUAACACAAGUUUUGUCAUGAAAUGCGAGGUUGUCUUCUUUUGUUUUGGCCCUGGUGGCCCGGUGAUAUAUACUAUAAGUGUUGUUUAUGUUGAUGAGGAUACUGUUACCUGCGAAAAUGAUGAAAUCCAUGAAGAGUUGUAUGAAAUAAUCUCAAAGCUCCAUAAUGAUUGUAUCUGGUUAAUGCGACAAAGGAGUUCAAAAUUUUAUUGAGUUUUUGUUUUGUGCAAA